GGAGCUGGGCAGACUCCCCGCUCCGCCUGUCUCUAUCCAGCCGCGCCAUGGCGAAGUGGGGCCGCUUUGCCGAGAAGCUGCGGCGCGGCCUGGGGUUGCAGCCAGGGGCUCCCGGCCCGCUUCUUCUCGGUUGGAGGGCUGUAUCCGGCACGGCAGAAGCCGCUGCGGCCUCUCCGAGUGAGGCACGGCUGAAGGGCUUCGAAGAAUUGCCCGGGCCCGGGAUACUGGAGUCCACCUACUGGCUCCUCGUGAGGGGCUACUUGCUCCACACGCACCGCCUGCAGAUCCUUUCCAGGAAGCAGUAUGGCCCCAUUUGGAAGUCCCGGUUUGGCUCCUAUAUAAAUAUUAAUAUUGGCAGUCCUGAAAUCUUAGAAGAAUUGCUGCGUCAGGAGGGGAAAUACCCCAUACGGAGUGACAUGGCCCUUUGGAAGGAACACAGGGACAAACGGCACCUACCUUAUGGUCCCUUCACGGAAGAUGGAGAGCGGUGGCACCGCCUGCGACAGAUAUUAAACCAAAGAAUGCUCAAACCGUCGGAAGCUGUGUUGUAUGUAGAUGUCAUCAAUGAGGUGGUGUCUGACCUGAUGACACAUCUUGAGAAUGAGAGAAGAAAGAGCACUUCUGGGGUAGUGGUCCAGGAUAUCGCCAAUGUAUUGUACCGAUUUGCUUUGGAAGGCAUUUCAUACAUCCUCUUUGAGACUCGCAUUGGCUGUCUAGAGAAGCAGAUCCCUGCUGAGACACAGCACUUUAUUGAUGCAAUCGGAACCAUGUUAAAGAAUUCUCUUUUUGUCACCAUCUUACCCAAGUGGACACGAGAUAUGCUACCUUAUUGGAACCGAUACCUGGAGGGUUGGGACACUAUUUUUGCCUUUGGCAAAAAACUGAUUAAUCAGAGGAUGGUAGAGUUAGAGAAGUGUCUUGAACGGGGUGAGGAAAUCUCAGGCUAUCUAACCUAUCUACUCUCCAGUGGGCGGCUUAGCCAUGAGGAAGUGUAUGGCAGCAUAGCUGAGCUCCUUCUGGCUGGUGUGGAUACGACAUCCAAUACCCUUUCAUGGGCCUUGUACCAUCUGGCCAGAAACCCUGACAUCCAGGAAGAAUUGUACCAGGAGGUGAUCAGUGUGGUACCCAAGGACCAAAUUCCUGAUGCCAAGGAUCUUACCAGGAUGCCACUGCUUAAGGCAGUGAUCAAAGAGACUCUCAGACUUUAUCCUGUGGUCCCAACCAAUGCCCGAAUCAUUGCAAAGAAUGAUGUGGUUGUUGGGGGAUACAAGUUUCCAAAGGACACCCUCUUCGUGCUGGCUCACUACGCUCUCUCACAUGACGAAGCCAGCUUCCCGGAGCCAGAGCGCUUUCUGCCACAUCGCUGGCUGAGAGAUAAGAGAGACAUACUUCCCCACCCCUUCAGCUCCAUCCCCUUUGGGUAUGGGGUGCGUGCCUGUGUGGGGCGCCGCAUUGCUGAGCUUGAGAUGCAUCUGGCUCUUGCCAGAAUCAUCCGGAUAUUCUUACUCAAGCCAGACCAUCAAAGCAUGGAGGUGAAACCCCUCGCUCGUAUUGUGCUUGUGCCUGACAAACCCAUUAACCUGGAGUUCUUGCACAGAGAGACAGGGCUCUAACGAAGAACCAUCAUCAUCAUCUUAAUAGACUGCAGAGAUUUCAUUCUGUAGCUUUAGGAUUUGAUUGUGACCUGGGGUGCCAGUUGAUGGGUCUCUCUAUACCCACCUCACCCUGAGCCUCUCUGACAAUAGUUGCACCAUUAUGGCCUUCUCUCUUGGAUCCUUGCAAGGCUGCACACCACAUCCCAUUCCUGAUUUAUGCUUGCGGUGUGAAUAGCCUACAAUUUACAAUGUAGCCAGUGUCUCUCAGAACUGGUCAACAGUUUCUCCUUCUCUACUUUCCUGUUUACAGGCUGAGAUUACUAAUCCAUGAUGAUUAGUAAACGUCCCUCUUCCUCUAUAACAGUCUUCCCUACCAGACAUCCCAGAUAACAAACUCCCAUCACUCCAUUUACUACUGGUGGGAGUCCAGCCCAAGAAAGCACAAGAGUGGGAUGAGCUGAUGAUUACAGAUUAUUAAUCUGCUGCUUUUUUGCAUCACUGAU